GAGCGAGACCGAAGGAAAGAACGGCCGAAGUAGAAAGACGGGGAAGGAGAAAAAGUGAGAUAGACUCAGGCAGGAGAACGAACGAACGUACAGCCGACGGCGCCCAAAAAACGCGAACAUCUUCUCUCAGCGCCUUCUUGUAGUCGGCUCUUCGCCUCGAGAUUUAAUUCGCAUCUGGGAGUUAAAAGUACGGCCGUAGUUCCUUUGUCGCUGCGCAAUUAUAGCCAAGAACUCUCGCAACGAGGGUCGAAGCGAAGGACUUGCGCCGACGACUUUUAAGGUUUAGCCUUCAAAGUCGCCAGUCGAACAUCUCUGUUUCUCAUCGGCGAGACUCGGGUGGAAAGACAGGGACAAGGAAAGAGGCGACGUGCGCGUAUAGAAAAGGCGGGAGUAGCUCAUAGAGCGAGCAAUGGCACCACGCAAAAUGGGUAAACGAGUGGAAAAUGAAGUUCUUGAUACACCCGCAGUGGCAGAAAAUAAUGAUGUUUCUGCAGCAAAAAAGAAAAAGACUCAAAUUGAAGAGCAAGUGACAAAGGAAGUUAGGUUACCAAGGGCAGCCAAAAAUAAGAAGAUUGAAGUCGAACCAGUAAUGGCAAAAGCAGCACCGAGGCAAAAAUCUGCGCCAAAAAAGGCAGACUCGUUUGAGAAAAAGUCUUCAGGAAAGAACAGUAAUAAAAAAACUGAAGCUCAAGUUGACGAUACUGAAAAAGUUGAAGAGAACGAUGAUAUUGUUGAGAAGCCGGUAAAAAAAGGCAGAGGCAAAGUCGAUAAGAAGGUGGAUGUUCCUAUAGAGAAAAAUUACGAAACUGAUGUUAAAAACAAAGUUGUUGAAGAAAAGACAUCACUGGCCACUAAAAAGGGCAAAGGCCGAGGCAAUAAGGCAGAAGUUGUUUCUAAAAAAGCCAGGGCUAAGAAAGACGUUGAGAAUGAGAAUGGUACAUUUAAUUCAGAUGUUAAAGAUGAAGAUAACGAUAAAGAAAGUGAUGGCACCCUAGAGACUAAAGAGAACGGAGUUGAAUCAGAAGUGAUGGAAAAUGGUAAAGAGGAGGUGUUAGAAGAAAAAAUAGAAACUAAGCUCGUGAAGAAGGGGAAAGGUAAGGCACCACCUAAGAAGGGAAAAACAGUAUCAAAAUCCAAAGUCACCGCAGAGACGAAUGGCGAUAAUGAAGAAGACACAGUGAAUGAGCCUGAGACCGGCGUUGCUAACAGUGUUUAGGAUAAACAAUUUUAAUUACCUUUAUUUUGAAAAUAAAGAAAGAAACUUGUAUUAUUUUACCUUAUUUAAACUGUUAUGAGAAAGAAGUCGAGUUCAUAAAUGUCCUUUAAUGAUAAUUAGUAAAGAAUUUCUUUAAUUAUUACCGUUUUCAAUCGAUUGCAAAUACAGAUCUGUACUACUGUAAAAAAACUUAAAAAAGAAAAAAAAAUAAGACAAAAAAAAAGGAAGAAAAGGGAUAGUUAAGAACAUAUUUUUGAAAUGUUGUACAUGCGUAUAAAAGUUGUCUCCGAUAAGUGUAUUUACUAUUAGCUUUUAAAAUAACCGAUGUUUUGUACUUCUAAAAUACGGAAUCGAACUGUUUAUUAAAAUAAAAGAAUUUAUUUGAAUCCA